CAAUUCUAGUCGGUAAAGGAUUCUCCGCGUAAACGGUUGGGUUUGAAAAUGCAUGCCAUUUUCGCUAUCAGUGUUUUCGCUAGUAUUGCUCUGUGUUCGCUUAGCUUAGGAUUCACGAAUAACGAAACCGACUUGGCCAACCAGUGGUUCAACCAGAUGAACGUAGAAUUGAAACAGCUGAAUCAUGAAGCUGCUGAGCAGGCUUGGGAAUCGAGCACACUGCCAACACAAACAGCCAUCGUGGAGAAAAUAAUCAAAUUGACGGUGCGUAAAGCCCACUGGGAGCGUAUGAUGUGUAACCGGGGGCAACGGUACAGAGACUUCAAUGCAAGCUUUGAACGGACCCUCCAUCUGCUUUGCAGAUCAUUGAGACAUACUGAUGACGAAAUUAGAAGUAUGACCAAUUUGCUGGGAUAUCUGCAAGGAAUUUACACCGGAACUCAAGUAUGUGUCAAAGGCUCAUGUGACGACGAUGGAAAACUUUGGCAAAGUACAUUCUUCAAAUAUCCUGAGUUAGAAAGCGGGAAUUACGUUGAACCAACAACAAAUGAAAUUUGUCUGUUUGGCGAACCCGACAUGGAAAGAAUCAUGACUGGAGAAACCAUGCACCAAUUUAAACAAGCGGCAAAUUGCAUGGCAAGCGACGAGAAAAUUCUUGAUUGGGCUUGGCAAUCUUGGAGGCUUGCCGUUGGACCACCAGUGAAAGAUUCAUAUCGCCAGCUCAUUGACGUUAUGAAUGUUGGAGCACGUAGAUCAGGUUACCAGGAUAUUGGCGAAGCAUGGCGAGCAGAGCUUGAGAUGCCGAAUCUACGAGGAAUAGUUAACCGACUUUGGUUGGAGGUGAAACCUCUUUAUCAAAAGCUUCACGCGGUUAUGAGAAAUUUCCUAAAGAAGCGUCAUCCGGAAGUGACAAACUUUCAUCCCGCUGGUCCGAUCCCGGCACACCUACUCGGUGAUAUGUGGAGUCAGAAUUGGGACACGUAUGCAGCUUCCAUGUUUCCGCAUGAAGUUGAUAUUGAAAGCAACUUUCGAAGAAGUAAUUGUAGUGCAGAGAAAAUGGUCCGUAGAGCGGAGGAUUUCUACUCUUCUAUGGGUUUGCCGAUGAUGACAGAAACCUUUUGGAGAAAAAGCAUUUUCAAGCGUACUGAAAAUGUAACCAAGUGCCAUGGGACUGCGGCAAAUAUGUACAACGCUGGAGAUUUUCGAAUGAUCGCCUGCGCUGGGAAUGCAAUGAGUGAUUUUUAUGUUAUCCUACACGAAAUGGGGCAUAUAAUAUACUAUAUGCUAGCAUCAAACCAACCGACCAUUUUUCAGGAAGGAACCAAUUCAGCGUUUCAGGAAACCAUAGGAGACACUAUCCAUAUAGCAGCUCUAACUCCAUCCCAUUUGAUACGGUUAGGCCUUCUGAACUCAUCAUAUUUGAAACCGGAUAGCGAUGGCAAUCUCAACCAUUUCGACUACAGUUUGCUUCUGAAAAUAGGACUUACCAAAAUUCCCGCUCUCCCGUUUUCCUACCUUAUGGAUUCAUACCGGUGGAGCCUGUUCGAUGGAUCAAUUAAAUUUGAGAUCGAAGCCAAUAAUUAUUUCUGGUAUUUACUAGAAAACGAACAAGGAAUCCAAUCCGCUUCAAAGACAAACAGAGAAAACCUUUUUGAUGCGGCAGCGAAGUACCAUUUCCCCGAUAAUACUCCCUACGUGCGAUAUUUUCUGGCAAAUUUCUUGAGCUUCCAAAUUCUGGAAGGCCUUUGUAAGAAGUCAAUAUUUGGGGACGUCAGAACAUCACAGGAGCUACCGCUACCGCUGCAUCGAUGUGAUCUUUACGGUUCCAAGCGUGCCGGACGUCUGCUGGAGAAGGCGCUGAAGCUGGGUGGUUCUCAGCAUUGGACAUUCGUGUUAGAAAUACUGACCGGCUCCUCCGAGAUAUCCUCCCGACCUCUGAUGAAUUAUUUCGCACCGUUAAUUAAAAUGCUAGAUAGCAUCAUAAGUGAUCUGAAGUUACCGGUAGGCUGGUAGGGCAGUGUUUUUCGAAGCCUAGCUUGUCGAUUAUGAUAAAUACUAACUAAAAGUAGUUGUUGCUCUUCCUAGUGAUAAAUUCUUAA